CUUGACACGCUUGCUUUAGCGGCCAAAAAUUGCGAAUUCCCAGUGAAAAGUGAUAUUUUCUCUUAGAGAAAAGUGUAGGAAAAUCACAGAAAGUGACACUAGUGUUGCCUGUAGCGAAAAUGGCUUUCAAUUACUACCCGAAAAAUUGGCACGCCAAUGGAAUGGGAUGGCACAACACGGCUGCAAUGCAGACUGGGUGGAAAAUACCGCCCCCUUCGGUCCCCAGGGCGCCGGAUGCGUACUCCACGGGCAGCUCUUCUUCAGGAGUGUCCAGCAUGUGUCCAUAUCCCACUGGUCCAGCCCCAGGAAUACCCGGAAUGCCGGGAAUGCCCACUCCCAACUCUGCCUAUGGCUUCGUGAUGCCUCCUCCGCUGCCCCAGAUUCCCGGAGGCGCUCCUCUGUAUCCUUCUCUGGGUGAAAUGGGCUUCGGCGGAGGAUCAGGCAGUCUCUCAUCGUUCGGAUCAAUUGUUUCUGAUCCAAAUCCUCCAGUUGUGCCGCCCACAAUCUCAGGCUAUGGACUUGAGGAGAUUCCCUGCAAUGCUGUAAAAGUUCCUGAAGACCAGUCGUCGUUUUUCACGCUCGGCGAGCGUGGAAGUGGCUUGAGAUCGCGAGGUGAUGUCCAGGACUUCCACACACUCAGGCAACAGUGUCUCGCGUCGGGCACACUGUUUGAGGAUCCCGAAUUUCCGGCCGCGGACAGUUCACUCCAAUUCUCCCGUCGUCCGGAUCGCUAUGUCCAGUGGCUGCGUCCGAUGGAGAUUGCUGACGAUGCCCAGUUCUUCGUUGAGGGCUAUUCGCGCUUCGAUGUGCAGCAGGGCGAACUUGGUGAUUGCUGGCUUUUGGCGGCUGCGGCGAAUCUCACGCAGGAUCCCAAGUUGUUCUUCCGCGUGGUGCCUGAGGAUCAGAGCUUCUCCGAAGACUACGCUGGCAUCUUCCACUUCCGCUUCUGGCAAUAUGGUCGCUGGAUUGAUGUGGUGAUUGACGAUCGUCUGCCGACGUAUCGUGGUGAAUUGCUGUACAUGCACUCGACGGAGAAGAAUGAGUUCUGGAGUGCGCUGCUGGAGAAGGCGUACGCCAAGUUGCAUGGAUCGUAUGAGGCGCUCAAGGGUGGCACAACGUGUGAGGCGAUGGAGGAUUUCACGGGUGGUGUGACGGAAAUGUACGAUCUGAAGGAAGCUCCUUCGAAUCUCUAUAACAUCCUUCUGAAGGGCAUGGAGAGGAACUCAAUGAUGGGCUGCAGUCUGGAGCCGGAUCCCAAUGUGCUGGAAGCGGAGACGUCCGAAGGUCUCAUUCGUGGUCAUGCGUAUUCCAUCACGAAAGUGCAGAUGGUGGACAUUGUGACGCCCAACACGAGUGGCAAGAUUCCACUGUUGCGCCUCCGCAAUCCGUGGGGAAAUGACGCCGAGUGGAAUGGUCCGUGGAGUGAUCAGAGCCCAGAGUGGCGCUACAUUCCGGAUCAUGUGAAGGAGCAGAUUGGGUUGAAUUUUGACGUGGAUGGCGAGUUCUGGAUGUCAUUCAAGGACUUCCUCACGCACUACGAUCGCGUGGAAUUGUGCAACUUGAGUCCGGACUCACUGAGUGAUGAUCAAGUGAGUCGCGGCAAGAAGAAGUGGGAGAUGUCGGUGUUUGAGGGCGAGUGGACGCCUGGAGUGACAGCUGGUGGGUGCAGAAACUACUUGGAGAGCUUCUGGCACAAUCCGCAGUAUGUCAUCUCGCUGGAGGAUCCGGAUGAGGAUGAUGAUGAGGGCAAGUGCACGGUGAUCAUUGCGCUGAUGCAGAAGAAUCGUCGCUCCAGGAGGAACAUGGGCAUGGAUUGUCUGACAAUUGGCUUUGCUGUGUAUCAUCUGAGUGAGAGGGACUUGAUGAAUAAGCCGCAGAAGAUGAAUUUCUUCAAGUACAACGCCUCCGUGGCACGAUCGCCGGCAUUUAUCAAUCUCAGGGAGGUGAGCUGUCGCUUCAAGUUGCCGCCUGGACACUACUUGAUCGUGCCGUCGACAUUUGAUCCGAACGAGGAGGGUGAAUUCCUUAUCAGGGUGUUCUCAGAGGGCAGGAGUCACAUGGAGGAGAAUGACGAGGAGGUGGGAUUCGGAAAUGUGGACGAUAGGGUUAGCAAUUACGACGAAAAUGAAUUUGGUGAUAGAGAUCAUGUGACACCGUCGCUUCCUCAGCCAUCGUAUCCUGACCCCCAGAAGUCUGCCAUGGAGAAACUCUUCCUUGACAUUGCCGGCGAUGACAUGGAAGUUGAUUGGAUGGAGUUGAAGAGGAUUCUGGAUCACUCAAUGAAAGACGAUUUGAUGAAGGUGUCAGCGAAUGGGGCCACUCAGUUGGGCGCUCCGCCCGGCGGGGCCGCCGAGGGCGACGGCGGGCUGCUGGCGCUCCUGUGCGGCGCCCUGUGCAAGGACAACGCCAUCGGCCAGGCGUUUGGCGCCAAUACAGAUCCAGGAGGCGGCGAGGGCGUCGUGACGGUGGCGCCGAGCUCAAGUGUCAUGACGGAUUACGGAGGCUUCUCGAAGGACGUGUGUCGAUCGAUGGUGGCGAUGCUGGAUGUGGAUCAGUCGGGCAAGCUGGGCUUCGAGGAGUUCCGGACGCUGCUCAACGACAUUGCCAAGUGGAAGGCGGUGUUCAAGCUGUACGAUCGCGACGGAUCCGGACGAUUGGGGGCGUUUGAGUUGCGCGAGGCGCUCAAUUCGGCCGGGUAUCAUCUGAAUAAUCGCGUGCUGAACGCCCUGGCGCAUCGCUACGGCAGCCGUGACGGAAUGAUUGCGUUCGAUGACUUCAUUAUGUGCGCGGUGAAGAUCAAGACGAUGAUUGACAUCUUCAAGGAGCGCGACGUCGACGGGACGAACAUGGCCACGUUCAGCAUGGAGGAGUGGGUGGAGAAGACGGUUUACUCGUAAAUGCAUCGAUCAAUUGCCAGGAUAAUUCUCUCCUUUUUUUCUAACGCAUCAAUAUAUAUUCUUGUGACAUUGACAAAAUAUUACAAUUUACGCAGAGUGUUCCCUCUACUAAUAUUUAUUUUAUUACAUGUUUACAAGUAAUCACUCGAAAUAAAUCUAU